GAGACAAAGAAGCUGCGAAUUGGUUCAGCCGGUCACAGCAGUGAAUGGCUGGAAAUGGGAUGUGAUGAAGCAGGACCAUUGGCAUUACGAAUGAGUCUUUGGCAGGAGUUAUUACGCGGCUUGAGCAGCGCAUUUCACGGACAGAUAAGUUAUACAAUAGGUGUAGAUUCGUUGUGGGUGUUUUUAAAACUUUGGCCCGUACAAUCAAUGAAAGUGGAUAUCAGGGUUGAUGUCGAUGAGCGAUGGACGAACGGACCAUCAAAGUGGUUCUACCUUCGCCCUCGUCAUAGCGACCAGCAGGAAGAAGGGAAAGCUAACUCACGUAAAGAGCCUUUAGGCGAUGUAAAAUUGUGGAUGUCAUAUACAGCUGACCACGUUCUCCCAAUUGAAAAUUACAGUUAUUUAAUGACGUCUAUCGCUGCUUCACCUAAUGUUGAACCAUUUUCCGCAUCCCUUAUCUCUUUACUGGAACAUCUACCUAAGGUGAAUAAUUGA